UACAUUCCAGGGCCAUGGCCGAAUGCGGCAGCGCGGCCCGAAUCCAUCAACCUACGCAACAUCAUCGCCAGGAACAAAGACAAGUCCCGGAUGCGUAUCAAAGUUAUUUUUAAACACCAACUUUUUUUGCUCAACUCUUUGAUUCAUGUCGACGAUAGUCCCGCAAACAGCUCUAUCGUAGCGUACAGGAUGAAAAAACCGCACGCAGCCACGGCGCUGCUCGAGCGGAAUUCUCUCCUUGGAAAAAGUAUUUAUUCUUAUGUCUGAGUCGUGAUGCAGAUUCGAUACCACUGGACAAGACACUCACUUCUUCCUCUUGGAUACUCUUCCACUUCCGUAUCUUACCAUCUCCCUUCUGUCGUUUCGACUCAAGCCCCUUCGUUCAGCAUGCCUUCCACCAUCACCACCAUCUUGACCUCGGCCGUCACUCUGACGAGCUUCGUCACUGUCACCGCUGGACAGUAUGUCCCAGAGCCAUACACCAGCCCUGAGCCGUAUUACCCCUCCCCUACCCCAGAGGAGUACUACCCAGAGCCGUACUCGACGCCCAGCCCAGUUGUAGUCUACACCCCGGUGCCAUACUCUUCUGCUCCUGCUGCGUACAGUGCGUGGACUCCCCCGGCACCGUACACACCGGAGCCAUACCCCACUGCGCCCCCAGCGCACACCAGCGAGUGGUACCCCACCUCCAGCUCGGGAUCCUACCUUCCCCCGGACAUCAUUGGUCCCAUUGAGCAUCUGUCUCAGUGCGCUCAAACCGUCGUCUUCGAGUGUCUCUCCACUUCCCAGUGCGAGCCCCAUGACUUCGCCUGUGUCUGCGAGGAGCUGAAGAAGCUCGACCUUCACGCCAAGGUCGCUGCCGCCUGCUCUGCGGCCGAGUGCCUCGAGUACGAUGCGUUCCAGGACGAGGUCUGCGGCUACAAGCCCGCACCGCCUGCCAGCUCCAGCUCCAGCUGGGCCUAUACCCCCAAGCCCUACAGCGCCAAUGCUACCUCUUCGGCGCCCCCGGCUCCCGUUGUCAACACCACCAUCGUCUACCCCACGGCCACCGUCACCACCACCCAGACUAUCCAGAUCGUUACCACCAACUCUGCUGGCCAGCCUACCACCAUCCAGUCCGUUGUGCCGCCACCACCCGCGGUCGCUAAGACUACUGCCCCUGUGGCUCCCCCCAGCGCGUACACCGGUGCUGCUGUCGCCGUUGAUGCUAAGAACGUCAUGAUGGCUGGUGCCAUGGGUCUUAUGGGCUUGAUCUUCGCUGAGUUGUGAUUUCGUCAUGUAUUGGAUUUACUGGUUUCGUUCGCAAUGUCUUAGUUUUGGUUUUGUCAUUGGAUAGACGGGGUUGGAUAGAGUAUAAGAUGGAGUAAUUAUAAUGUGUAAUUUAGAAAAAGAUAUGAAAAACCCUGCAAAGUUAUUAUUCGUGCCGUAUAUUUGUUUCCUGUGACAUUUCUCUCAUUGACUUUCGUGACUUCGCAUCCUAGCUAGAAGGCCUUGUUAUAUCUCAAACAAGUUCAACUCCUUUAGGGUGCGAGGCUUUGUGGUCUGACUCCGUAGUGGU